CGCAGACAGUUCCUCAUAGAAAAUAGCCUAGGAAAGCAUUUAAAUAUUUUUUUGUUUAUUAUUUACAAACAACGUAGAAAGAAAGAAUGCUGGGCAAAGGAAUAUGUUUAAUGUUGUUGCUUUCCGUCGCCGUGAACGCUAGCUUCGAUCCAGAUGAAAUUUGUGGAUUACUUUCGAAUGGUACACGUAUCAAAGAUCCUCGCGCCUGUAAUACAUGGAUAACAUGUAUUGAUGGAGUACCUUACCCUGGCACCUGUCCAGAUGAUCUCUUUUACGAUCGUAACACAUAUACUUGUGUCAAUUCGACCAGUAUAAAGUGCAUUUCAAGUAAUCCAUGUGCGACUUUGACUGAUGAAACCGGUUUUGCAGCUGAUCCUUAUGCUUGCGAUGGCUACUAUUAUUGCAAUAAUGGCACAGCAGCACACGGCGUUUGCCAAACGGGUUAUAAUUUCAAUCCUGGAACGAAUGACUGUAUUCGAGGUUAUGCCUGCGCAAUAACAAUGAGCCCGGAUAGUUAUUGCAACAUUCUGCCCGACGGCGUGUUUAUCAAAGAUCCAAACAAUUGUGUGGGUUAUCAGCUAUGCUGGAAUGCUCAUGUAUUAAGUCGCGAAUGCCCAGAUGGCUAUUACUAUAACGCGCUUAUGGCUGACUGUGAUUAUCCAUCCAAUGUGAACUGUACCGAAACAUCAACAACUUUACCAGAUUUACCGGCUUCUGAGUUGUGCAAUCAGACUGGCAUAUUUGUAUCAGAUCAGUCUAGUUGCAAUGGUUAUUACUAUUGCGGUACGGGAACGGUGAACGGCACGUCUAGUAUAGUCUUACAGCAUGGGAUUUGUCCAAACGGAAGAUUUUUUGAUGCAUCAAACGGUGGCGAAUGUGUACCACGCACUAAUAUCGCAUGCAACUAUAAUAAUUGUGUUGGUUUGGCUAGUAAUAAAAUAGAGUUGGUUAACGUAGUAAAUGACGGCUGCCAUGGAUACACAAUUUGUCAAGAUGGCAUGUCCAUCGGCAAUGGCACCUGCCCUAACAGUGGCUACUUCGAUGAGCUUAACCAGUCUUGUACAAAUGAGACUAUCAACUUCGCAGCAUGUGCCACUUCAUAGUCCACAAAUAUAAUUUUUUAAUAUAAGUAUUUAUUUCAACAUAAUAUUUAAUAUUUUUAUAUGAAAAUGGCCGACAUUCUCGUGUGAAUAACCUUUUUUGAUGAGUGGCUCGCAGCCUAACUUCUACUCACAUAUAUUAAUGAAUUAUUAUUAAUGAAUUCCAAUCUAUGUGUCAUAAAUAUACUAUACUUAAUCAAAUUAUUUAGAGAUAAAAUGAUUGCGAAGCAUCUAUGAUAAUAUAUCCAAGCAACACGAGUGCGUUUUUAAGUGAUAACUUAAUUUAAUGAAAUGUAGUAAACAUAUUUUUUUUAGGAAAUUAAUUAUUUGUUGUUGGUUUUUUAUGUUAUUUUGUAUUAUCAUAACGCGAUGGCAGAAACUGGGUAUAAGUAUUGAUUAGAUAAUUAGUUCUUGGAAUACGUAAAGGUAUAUAAAUAAAAUGAAGAAUUAUAGAA